CUAAGGGAUCAAGUGCCAGCAUGCCAUAGCUCAUAGACAGUGUCGUCACCCUCUACUUGAAACCUUCAAACAUGUCUAUGAAGACUGGGACUAAAGAGAAACCAAUUUCCCAACGUCUUGUUCUGAAACAUGGACAAAAGCGGGUCAGGGUUAAACGGCAAAGGUCGUAUAAUCUCAUGCUUGACUCUGCCUGCAAACAUUUCCCAAACAUUCCGAGAGAUGUGGUCAUAUUUCAGACCAAUCAACUCGAUAUUUGCGAUGGCUACUAUGUGGACAUCACGGCUGAGAUAUGGUCCGACGUCAUUGACUUGCUUAACAUCGUCGAAGUGACGCGGCGCACGGAAAUGACAUUGCCCGUCCCACUGCCACUUGAUGCUUCGGCUAUUUCACUGCCUGAUAAUCAAUCGGCACCAAGUCAGGUUAACGAACAGGACAGCUCCAGGAACAAUGACAAAGUCACAAUCAAACAUGUUUUUCCAUCUAACGAGAUCCAGACUACGAGGGAGAUGAAGGUGGCCAAACUUCUUGCUGAUGGUAGUCGGAUAUUGGGACACCAUCCCACUGAUGUCGGGGCAGUUUUGGGUAGGGUUUCCGAUCGGUGCUUGCGUGGGGUAGUGAUGCAAGCAAACCGGAGUAUCGGAUCGUAUCACAUCAAGGAUGGUGACUCCAUCAAUCUUGAAGUCUAUGAUGAUGAGCCGUAUGUUAAAAAACCAGUCAUUUAUCUAUACUCGCCCUCCGACAUCGAUGUUUCCGUCAAGCUUUCCCUCAUUCCUGAGUGGAGCCUUUCUGUCAUCUAUCCUGUUGUUACCACGGGAGAGCAUGGACAACGUUUAGAAUGGAACGUCCGCACCCAUCAAGAUGGGAGUCUGACUGAACAUUAUUCCGGUUUAGAUGUGUCGUACUUGUUCUGGGAGGCGCAGAUAAAUUUGCAAGCAUUUCCCCGGUCAUCGACAUCCCGACCGCAAUCAGUGGAUACAUUCAAUCCAAUAUCCAGCAGUCUCGAUGAUAUGGAUUCAAUUGUCAUUCCAGUGGACAAAGUAACAGUUUAUCUCGAUAAAUCACUGAAGGUUUUGGGACUUCAUACCGAAGCUAGAACAUCAUUCAUAACCUACUGGCUACCAAAUAUCCUCAAGCACGAAUACAUUGCCCUUCGAUUCGUUCCUCAAGCGGCAUAUGAACGCGCUGCUUCUUUAUGCAUCUCUCCGCAGCCUGACGUCGUGACUCGCGUAUGCAUGUUGUUCAAAGGUAUCUGUAAGGAGCACUUAACAAAUUGGGCUAAUGCACAAAUGCAAGCCGAGAAAGACGUUGCUUGGUGGGUAGAUGUAGUUGGAGUGGAUCCUGCAAGAGCUGGUGAUGUGACUUUGUUCAGGGUGUUAGAAUGGGGCGGGAUGGAGAUUCUCAUUUGAUAUUCCAUCAGAUCACUCAAUUUGUGUAGGUGCUAUCGUGUUCUGUCUUGAUCUGUUCUGUUCUGCAUCCGACAGUCGUGCGGAGAAUGUGAGCUUGAUAUGCCC